AUGUCGAGAAAAGUUGAUUGGGAAGCAAUUAGUAAUGAUAAGCACCGUUCCAACUAUCUCGGGAAUUCUAUUAUGGGAAGUAGUCUAUCUCACAAUAAAGAUAGUUUGUGGUAUACAAAAGAGGAAAAACGGUCGGAUGACGACAGUAAACGUCUACAAAUCAAGCUUCAGGAGGAAAUCACAAUGAUGGAGAUGUUAGGUCUUUCUGUACCAAGUAUUAUUCAUAAUCAAUCGGUUGUAUCUACCAAGCAAGAAUCGACUCAGACUGUUUUUUUGCAUAUCUGUGUGUAA